AGUUGAAUCCAUUGUAAUUGUAGACUGGAGCUGGCAAUGCUGUCAGUGCAAAGGAAAAUUCCCAUGGUGGAUCAUGUCUACAAUCUCCUCAACAUGGUUUGGAAGACCUACCACUACAGCAGCAAGUCUAUGAGAGAACUGCGAGCACUUGGAGAGGAGCUGGGUGUGCGUGUCAAUGUACCAGGUAGUGUCAGUGGGACACGCUGGCUUGCACAUGUAAACCGUGCUCUGCAAACCUUACUGAGACCUGGAGGAAAGGACAGAAACCUGCAGAAUCCUGGCCAGUUCACAGCAGUUUACUUCCACAUGGAACAUUUGACUGCAUCAUCAACCAAUACUGACAUUGCUGGGAGAGCAAGGAAGGUCUGUAUUUAAUUUCAAAAUGAUUUCAUAUUUGUGAUAUAUACAAAUUACUGAUAUUGGUUACUUAUGUCUUGCAGGUCAAGAAGAUGAUGGAAGAUGGGGCCUUUGUGGGUUUCUUUCACUUCUUGGCUGACUUGUUUGAGGCCAUUAGCAAAUUCAGCCUUCUUCUCCAAAGAAAUGAUGUUAUUUUGCCUCAGGUAAUGUUGAGAUGUUAAUAAGAAUAUUAUUUAACCUUGUUAAAUAAAAGUACAAAUUACAAAUAAAUCUAGUCAUAUAUAGUUUAUAUAGUCAUAUAUAUGUCAAUGGAAAAUAUUUUACAGGCUGUGAAUGGGAUUCAGAAUCUUAUUGCAACUGUUGAGGCCAUGUCAGUGAGAUGCAAGCCAGGCGGUAGGCUAGCAGAAUUACUGGCAGACCUUCAGAGCCAGAGAAGACAACAAGAGAGCGAUGGUGAAGCUCACCCUUUGUACAAAUAUCAGGUGAGCAAUUAUUAUAUUAUUUUAGAUUUUGAUUUGAUUAAUUAAUUUAAUAUUUGUCUUAAUGUUGAAUCUUGUGUGAACUCAGGGGGUCACCAUCAAAGGAGAAGCCUCUGGACUGGGAACAGAUGGACUUUCAAUGGAAAGCACACCACAACUGCAACGAGCAGUGAAAGCAACAGUAGAGUGCACUGUGCUGCACCUGAAGCAGAGGUUCAGUAGUCUACUUGGCAAGUGAAAACACAACAACAAUUUUUAUAUAUAUAAUUUAGAUAUCAUUAUGAAACAUCUAUCUUUCUCUUCAUUUAAUCUCUCUUUCUAUUUCUAUUUCUUGAUAGAUGAAGGGUCCUCAUCUGCAACUACAAAGGCAGUGAGGUCAUUCAAAAUAUUCAAUCACGAUUCCUGGCCUGAACAAAGACAUCUCCUGACAGACUAUGGUGCAGAGGAGCUGGACUUCCUGCUGGACCACUUCUCUCCCAUCUUAACGAGAAAUGGCUGUGAUGCCAAUCUGGCAAGAGAGGAGUAUCAGUCAAUGAAAAUUUUCAUUGUCAGCAACUACAUGGACAAGUCAUACCAUGCCCUGUGGGGGAUGAUGUUGACCAAAAUGCCGUUCUGCUCCGACUACAAAAACAUCCUCCAUCUUGUACACAUCAUGCUUGCACUACCAGUGUCCUCUGCUGUGUGCGAGAGAGGAUUCUCAUCCCAGAGGAGGAUCAAGUCAGAUGUCAGGGGGUCACUUCAUGUGGACACUGUUGAGGACUUAAUCAGAAUUAGCAUGGAGGGACCAAGCAUCGAUGAGUUUGAUGCUAAAGAGGCUGUUGACAUGUGGCUCAAUCAGGCUCAACGUUCAAGGAGGCCUAAUUACAAGGGUUGGCCUACACAGGCAACUUAUCCCCCACCAAGGGGUGAUCUUUCCUAGACGUGUUUAGGCACAAGUUAUGUGUCUACAACUUGUUCCGUUAUUGACAGUACAGCAUAAAUAUUCACUUAGUAUUAUUAAGCUGUAACUGGUUUAUGUUGUCAAAACCAUUGCACAAUAAAAUGAGUUCAUAAGCUUGUAGUUUCUGCAUUUAUUGUCAAAGUAUUUAUCAGUGUUACAGUGUAUAUGAUAGGAAAACAUUUUAAGUCGAUUUCGGUGUGCGCUCCUAAAUUUUCUGCUUGCGCCCCUAAAAUUUUAAGUUAGGGGCCACUGUGCUCCUAGUAAAAAAAGUUAGUCUGGAGCCCUGUAAACUACAUAUUUAACAUUGGACUUUAGUGGCACAAAUUUCCAUUACACUAUGUAAAGCCACACAAUAUGUUGGGGCUUGGGCAACUUGGCCUAAAAGCAAGUCUUAACCCUCAAAUAGGCCUGUCUAAAGUCUCUCAUAAAUUGAGGACAAAAAAAGCUCAGACUCAAACUGGUCCUCACAAAGAUAGACAUACAAUA